AUGAGCACGGAGUUGGUUAAGAGGACACAUUCUAAUAAACUUCUAUCUUCAGAAUCCAGGAGGGAGAUAUUGGUAUCACUAUGGAAGCCCCAAAUACGUUAUUAUUCAGAUCUCCCAACUCAUUCCAAGGUAAACCUACCUGCUCUAUCACCAACAAUGGAAAGUGGUUCUAUUGUGAGAUGGGAAAAGAAAGAGGGUGAUAAACUUAGUGAAGGUGAUCUCCUUUGUGAAAUUGAAACUGAUAAGGCAACAAUGGGCUUUGAAACACCUGAGGAAGGUUAUUUAGCAAAAAUUAUUAUUCCUGAGGGCACUAAAGGUGUUCCUGUCGGAAAACUUCUGUGCAUUAUUGUGGAAAAUCAAGCUGAUGUUGCUGCAUUCAAAGACUUCAAAGACGAUUCAACUGGAGCUCCAGCAAAACCGGCGCCUCCUAAAGCGGCAGAAGCUCCCCCACCAGCAGCGCCGGCAGCUGCACCGGCUGCGCGGCCCCCCUCCCCCGCAGCCGCUCCCACGGCCCCAGCUGCCCCAGCUCCCCCCACGCCCGACACUGGCAGGACAUACGCCAGCCCUAUGGCGCGUCGGCUGGCUGAAAUUAGGAAUAUCCGACUUGGGGGCCAGGGAUCUGGAUUGUACGGGUCACUAAAGAGUGGUGACCUCGCAGGCGCAGCAGCUGCACCGUCUGUUUCGGCUCCAGCAGUAGCCCCAGCUCCAGGAGCAACUUUUGUCGACAUCCCUCUUACUGGAAUGCGAGAGACUAUCGCCAAGCGGCUGUCGGCUGCUAAACAGACAAUACCACAUUACCAGCUGUGCGCUACUGUCAAUGUUGAGAAAACAUUGAAAUUGAGGAAGGCUAUCAAUGAACGACUUGAGAAGGAAGAACCUGGACUGAAAAUCUCUGUCAAUGACUUCAUUGUUAAGGCCGUUGCUUCAGCGUGCAAGCGGGUACCGACAGCCAAUUCCCACUGGAUGGAUACUUUCAUUAGACAAUUCUCAAAUGUAGAUGUCAGUGUAGCAGUAGCAACACCGAGUGGCCUUAUAACUCCGAUUAUUUUCAACGCCGAUUCGCGCGGUAUUAUUGAUAUAUCGAAGAAUAUCAAAGAGCUAGCACAGAAGGCAAAGGAAGGCAAGCUGCAGCCGCAGGAAUAUCAAGGAGGCACAGUGACAGUAUCAAACCUUGGAAUGUAUGGUAUAACAAUGUUCAAUGCCAUUAUAAAUCCACCUCAGUCAUUAAUAUUGGCAUGCGGAGGUCUACAAGAAUUAGUUAUCCCCGAUAAAAAUGAACCGCAAGGAUUCCGAGUUGCAAAGUUCGUGACGUUUACAGCGUCUGCGGAUCAUAGAGUAAUUGAUGGUGCGGUCGGUGCACAAUGGAUGAAGGCGCUGAAAGAUAAUCUUGAGGACCCAGCCAAUAUAAUUUUUUAA